AUGCAGUACUUCCAGAAGCUCAUCCAGAAGGACCUUGGCUUCACCCACUCCCUUGACACGCCCAUCGCCUCGCAUGACCCCGCCAACAUCUGGGCGCUACAUCACGGCAAGUCAAAGUCCACGCACGACCCCUCCCUCGUCUUCCACUUCGACGGCUCCAAGCCCGGGUCGACAUCCUCGCAAGCCGCGCUCGCAAAGUCUUGCUUGCAGCGCCUGAAAACCCUCCGCCACCCAGACGUCCUCAAGUACAUCGCAUCAGUCGAAGGGCCAGACGGCACCAUCUACGUCGCCACGGAACCCGCCACCCCGCUUGCAACCAUCCUUGCAGACGCCAGUUCGCCGCUUGACAGGGAAACGGUUUUGUGGGGAUUGUACACUACCGCCCGCGCUUUGGGGUUUUUGCACGAUUCGAGUCUCAUUCAUGGCAGGCUAAACCCAGCCACUGUGUUUGUUACGCCGCAGGGGGAUUGGAAGCUCGCGGGCUUCGAGUGUGUCACCGCGCAUUCGUCUGCGGCGAGCUUGACUCAGCAUGCCGCCCAGCUGCAGAGGCAUGAGUACCAGAGCCCAGAGUUCGCGCGGGGUAAUUGGUCUGGCAUUGCGUCCGGCGCCCCGGGUGCGGUUGAUUCGUGGGCCUUGGGAUGCCUUAUGUAUGAGGCUCAUGCCGGGAGUCUAACAUCGCCAGAUCAACUGCAGAAUAUCUCUGCUCUGCCAAAGCAGAUUCUGUCGGCGUAUCAGAAGUUGCUUGCGAGCAACGCAUCGAAUCGAGCCCCUGCCGGGCAAUUGCCAAACCAUCCCUACUUUCAGAAAUCAAAGUUUGUCGAACUGAAUAUGUUUGUAGAGAACUUGGCGCUCAAGGGGCAGCUGGAACGAGAGGCCUUUUUAGGAAAGCUAUCCACUAUUAUGGAUAGGCUACCGGAUGGGUUUUGUACGUUUAAGGUCCUCCCGAUGCUUAGUCAGAGCUUAGAGACGGGUGCGGGAGCUGUUGCAGCCUUUGCAUGUAUCGUUAAGAUGGCGGAUAGGCUGAGCGAACACGACUUUGCGAAUAUUGUCGUUAAGAAAUAUGCUGUCGGCUGGUACGGGAAUCAUGGUCUUGACCGUAAUCUCAAAGUGCAGCUUUACAGCAAGUUGGAUUUGUUCAGCAAGCACUUUGACGACAAUGCACUCAACACAGUCUUGUUCCCUGCGAUGUGCGCUUCGUUUCAGGAUAUGCAAGCACCGGCUUUGCGGGAUGGGGCUGUCAAGGCAGUGCUGAGCAUCUGCAAUAGACUGACUGACAAGAACCUCAACUCCGUCCUCAUGUCGCAUUUUGCCCGUUUGCAGGUCGACCCUGAACCCGCCAUUCGGACAAAUACGACUGUGUGCCUGGGUAAGCUUGCCCCGCAACUUAGCCAGGCCGCGCGCAACAAGGUUCUGGCGGCGGCAUUUCUGCGGUCUCUAAAAGAUCCUUUCCCUCAUGCAAGGGCAGCUGGUGUGAAUGCAAUCUUGAUCACCACCGAUACGUACUCAGUGAAGGAUAUUGCUACUCGGUUGCUUCCUGCGAUUAUACCGCUACUUAUUGACAAAUCUGGCGAUGUUCGCCAGCUCGCAUUUAAGGUUGUCGCCGAGUUUCAGAGUACCCUCACGAGAAACCAUGAAGAGAUGUCCCGUACCGAAGAGUCUUCAAGCGCUAACCACGCUCAGAACAAAGAGACCUCUGGUUUCAAGUCUGGUAGUGCCUCAUUGGGGUCGGGGUGGGGAUUGAGCUCAUUUUCAUCGAUGACGGCCGCUUUGCUGAACAAGUCAGACACACCCGCUCAAAGUAGUAGCACAUCAACGGGAAUUUCUUCGGAAGAUUUCAAGCGAGGACGGCCAACUGCUGCAGUGACUUCCAAUGGAAAGCCUCCGGCAAUGGUAAAGGCACCUACUGCAAUGAGUAGCGAUACAUGGGGGAGCACGAAUGGCGGUGGAAACGCUGGUAGCAAUGUUUCCGCUCCAGCAGCUUUCGCCCCGACUCCACUCACAGCUCAAAGCUUAGGUAGUGCUAUGAACACCUUUUCCGAUUUCAACGACGCUGGCAAUGAGCUUCCGGAAGAUGAUGAUGACGACGGCUGGGGUGAUAUGGACAUCAAACCAGCAGCAGGCACAAAGCCCAUAGAUGAAGAGGACCUCUUUGUUUCCAUGAUGGGCAACCCUACGUCAAAACCGAAAGCGGUGCCUGGAGGAAUCCCUCGAAGUGGAAGCAACACGAGCAGCGCAAGCGGAUCAAUGGCGGGUGGGGGUGAUCUUUGGAACCUGGCACCUCCAAUGGUUUCCAAGCCCAAACCGCGACCGCCGACAACUCGCACAACUGCAUCAGGAAUGGGUUUGAAUUCUACCUCGAGUAGAAGGAACAAAAAGUCGACUGGCGACGACUGGGAGGCGCUACUUGGCGGUACAGGUAGCACUAAGAGAAAGCCUGUAAGUAGAGGAGCGAGGUAGGGUGUAUGUAUCUAUGUUAAGUAAAUGUAACCUUCUGUGAAAGCAACGGUGGGGAUUAACUCGUA